AUGGCUUGUCCAAACAACAUGUGGUCCUUCUUAUCACCACAAGGAGCCCGAGCUUCAUCAACGCCUUUGCCAGUGUUCCUGCAGCACUUUCCAGUUUUCUCUACUGCCAGCCUUGGACUCUGUCCUGCCCACCUCCUCAAGCCUAUAUCCACAAACAGUCCCGCUGAUAAAAGUCAAGAUUACACAGUUCGUUACAUGGUUCAGCCGACUACCCUAAAGAAAAAGCAUUCCCUGGUGGGAAAAAGUUUGCUGCCGCUGUUCGCACGGUUCAAUGGUAGCCCUGAUGAGCCCAGAGAGUUGGCUAGGAUGGACAAGGAUCAACCUUUGGAGAAUCUGGAUUCCGAUGGUAUCGCCACAGCCUUCAAGAAACUCACCGGAGAAAACAUCGGAGACGUCCUUGCCGCCCUCGGCAAACAAAGUGGAGCUGGAGUGGCUUUAUUGCACCAUGCAAUUGUGCUAGCGAACGAAAUCGGCCAGCCAGUAGGGCAGCCCCUUAGGGACCCGCCCAUCACUCCACCGGGUGUUUCGGAUGAUGUAAGUGAGCCACCGAGGAAGGUGCAGAGGAUAGCGUGCCAGGCGACCGUAGCUGAUCCAGUGCAGAAGGCAAAGGCGAAGGGUAUGGACAUUUUGGGUUACGAAAUCCAGGAUUGGGAAUUCCAGAUUCCGUUUGAUCCGCAGAGAGCAGUAGCAUCCAAGCAUCUGUCGCCGCAGUGGACAACUCUGGAUGGGCGUGAACCUCGGCUUUCCACCCACCAAUGCCCGGAUUUUGAAAGCGUUAUAAAUGACGGUAUGGCGAGUCGGCGGCGUCUUUUGUCGGGCAUCGAUUUGCAGGGCAUAAACAAUCGUUUGGAUAUCUUGGAUGAGCGACACUUGAACUCCGAAAUGGUUAAAAGGAAAACGAGUGAGCAGCUUAGUUUGGAGCAUUUUUUCUCAUUGUUGCCUUUUCAUGUCAAUAUUCAGUCUUGUACUCCUCAACAUCUAAGGCGCUCUUAG